AUGGCCCCAAAGAAAGUGGAACCCAAGAAGACGGCAGAGGCAAAGAAGCCUGCGGAAGCCACAAAGAAGGACGAGGGUGCGGCGCCGCCUCCAAAAGCGCCAGAAGCGCCGUCCAAACCUCCUGAGGUGGACCUGAAAAGCGUGGUUGUGGAGUUCAGCGCCGAGCAGAUCGAGGAGUUCCGCGACGCCUUCACGCUGUUUGACGAGACCCCGACGGGCGAGAUGAAGAUCACGUACAGCCAGUGCGGCGACGUGAUGCGCGCCCUGGGCCACAACCCCACCAACGACGACGUCCUGAAGCUGCUGGGUCGGCCCAAGGCCGAGGAGAUGCACACCAAACUGCUGGACUUCGACAGCUUCCUGCCCAUGCUGCAGCACGUGGCCCGCGCCAAAGACCACGGCCACUUUGAGGACUUUGUGGAGGGUCUCAGGGUCUUCGACAAAGAGGGCAACGGCACCGUCAUGGGGGCGGAGCUUCGCCAUGUCCUCGCCACCCUGGGGGAGAAGAUGACGGAGGACGAGGUGGACCGGCUCAUGGUGGGACAGGAGGACGCCAACGGACACAUCAACUACACCGAGUUUGUCAAACACAUCCUGGCCGCGUGAACCCAGUCUCUGUACAUUCUAGAAACAUCUAUGCUGAAUUAUGAAAAUGAAAUAA